CAAACAAGUUGACGAAUAUCUCAAUGACUGGUAUGAAAGAAAAAAACAGGAAGAAGAAAUUUGUCCACAUUAUGACCAUAAAAAAGAAGUACUUAAGCUUAAUAAUCGUUAUAAUAAACAAGUUGAAGAUAUUACUUUUC